AAAACAUGUAUGCGAGCGAGAGACUGAAGAAUUCGUCAACAGAACAGAAACGGGCAGCGAUGUGUUGCGUCAUUUCAGCACCACAUCUCAAGUCUGCGAUGAGUCAGAGACAGCCUACAAGUGCAGGAUGGUCCAAGAAAAUAUUGAUGGCCGCAAAGAAGUAACCAUUAUUUAUGAGUGUUGCCAUGGCUACACGAGGCAGAAAGGCGAUUUUGGAUGCCCUCAGAAGGUCAGCUUGAUGUCCCUGCUAGAGAAAGCUGAGGAACUUGGUUUGACAGAUUUUGUUAAGGCAGUGAAAACCCUGAAGCUCACUAAAGAGUUUGAGAAGGGCAACUUUACAGUGUUUGUGCCUGUGAAUGGUGCUUUCAGCUUGGAUAGUGAUCUUCUCGAUUCUGGUGCUGGCAUAAUACUCAGGGAUGCUCCAGCAGUAAUAGCAGUAUCAGAGCCAGCCAUUGACAAAGCCUUGAAAAGUCUACAGAAUGCUAUUCUCAGUCACAUGGUCGAUGGGGCAUUUAAGAGCAGCAGCAUUGAGGAUGAACAGCUUCUGAAGACUGGAAGUCCAGAGGAUACAACCAUUAGAGUCAACUACUUCUCCAAACCUGAAAAGUUGAUGACAGCCAACUGUGUCCCUGUCAUUUCCCGUGACCACAUGGCAACAAACGGUGUCAUCCAUUCUGUGGAAAAAGUAUUGAAACCUGUUACACAGACUUUGUUGGAUAUUGUACAGUCACGAUCAGAGCUGAGCACACUUAAAACAGUUUUAGCAGCAGCUAACUAUGUUUCCACGCUUGACCAGGAUGGGCACCUAACUCUGUUAGCACCAACUAAUGCAGCCUUUGAGAGCAUGAAUGCAGGACUCCGAGAAAAGUUGUUGAAUGGAGAUAGAGCAUGCUUGGAGAAGGUUCUACAGAAUCACCUGUUGCCCAAUGUAAUCUGCACUGCUGCCAUUCAGGGACAAGCAAGGACUGUGAACAAGCUUGACCGAUAUGCUAACUUGACCAGAAGUGAAGAUGAUAAGUUAUUUGUGGAUGGAGCUCAGAUUAUUCAGCCUGAUGUCAUGGCCACCAAUGGUGUCUUACAUAUAAUUGAUGAAGUCUUGGUUCCCGAAGAAGCUUUGAGUAUCCAGGAUUUGCUGGAGAAGACAAAUUACACAGAAUUUCUCAGCCUGGUCAAGAAGGCGGGUCUCAGCAAGACUUUGGAAACACAAUCAAGUGUGACUGUUUUUGUCCCUACUAAUGAAGCUUUUCAAGAACUGCCAAUUGCUGUAAAGACAAAACUGAAUGAGGAUGAUGAGCUCUUGAGGAAUGUUCUGACUUACCACAUCUCACCUGCAGUUCAGGAAUGCCACCGUCUCCAUGACAACCAGCAGAUUCCCACUUUGGCGGGUACUGAUAUUAGAAUCAACAGUUACUCUUCGUUUCCAUACCACCAUCAAGGAGUUAAAACUGCACAAUGUUCUUCAAUUGUAGAAACAAAUAUUGAUGCAUGCAAUGGCCGCAUAAAUGUGAUCAAAGAGGUGAUGAUGCCACCUAAAGGAAAUGUCAUCGACAUUCUGGCACUCAACAAACAGUACUCUACCUUGGUGUCACUGGUAAAGAGAGCUGGCAUUGCUGAUGCACUUCAAGGGGAGGGCCCCUUUACUGUGUUUGCCCCCACAAAUGAGGCCUUUGAAAAAGUAGGCAAGGAGACACUUGAGACACUUGAGAAAGAUGCAGACAAGUUACAGGAGCUUCUGAGGCGACAUGUAGUUGAAGAAACCCUCUGCUGUGCUGGUAUUUUCAAGCGUCACUGGUUUGACCACUCACAUGUGAGAACUCUGGCAGGCGAUCAUCUUAAAUUGUCACGUGACAAGGAGAACAGACCAAAAAUUGGCCAUGCUCUAAUAUCCAAGUGUGACCAGACAGCCACAAAUGGAAAUGUCCUAGAGAUUGACAGAGUUCUGAUGCAUGAGCCACCUCGUCCCCGAUGGUGGUUUAAUCGCUUUUCUCACUGGGAUGACUUCUUUGAACCUUAA